UUAGUACCGCUGGCCGGUCGGACACAGCGUGGAGCAGGUGACGCAGAGCCGGCGCAACGUGACGGUGAAACCGCGGCACAGCUUGCAGGCCUUGUCGAGCCAGGGGCAGUGCUGCUCGAAGGCGUUCUCGUCCUCUGCGCACAGAUCGAGAGGCAGUGAUGACAUUGACGCAUGUUGUGUGUAUCCUGUGCCCUCACCCACCUCGCUCGCCUCUGGCGUCCUCGUCUUCUCGUUGGAGCUCCAGGUCGGCAGGCUGUCCUCCUGCCGCCGCUUCAUCACCUUCACCUGCAAAACAGACAUCUGCCCGUACGCACCAUCCGCUCGUUUUUCGCACCGCCCAGCUUGAAGGUGAUCACAUCGCCUUUCUUGAACGCCUCGUUGAGUUGUUGGCCGCCCUGCACACCGGGGUGGCUGCCAGUGCAAGCACACACCGAGCAGAUGAGGGGUAUUCGCAGCGUUCCAGUGCUCGUGACUGACCUUGUGGAGAUGAUCUCGGCGUUCUCCAGCAGGAGGUGGGUGCAUCGUCGACACGCCCCGUACUGUAAUCCAGUAGUAGCCGUCCUUGUCUUGCACACACCCGUCGCCCGUGAAGUAGUAGCCCGGGUCUAGGGGCGCGGGUACACGUUGAGCAGGCGCUCGUGGUCGCCAUACACCGUCCGAAGAGCUGGCGGAGGAUGGUGUCGACGGUGGUGGCAAACCAAAAAGGACGGCAGGCUGGGCAGCGCAAGAACACAGAUAAAGAAUACGGGGAAGCUCCUUCACCUCUAAAAAUUAAACGGCCGUCUCCGUCGCGAGUUCUCGACCGACCGUUUUAACGACACAGCGUACAGUGGUUGCGCAGACGUCGGCUUCUGCGGACGAACAAAUCCUGGUCAU